CUGAAGCAGCUGCGGCCCGGCAUGGACCUGUCACGGGUAGUGCUGCCCACCUUCAUCCUGGAGCCACGUUCAUUCCUUAACAAGCUCUCUGAUUACUACUACCAUGCUGACCUGCUUUCCCAGGCUGUCCUUGAAGAUGAUCCAUACAGUCGAAUGAAGCAAGUUUUGAGGUGGUAUCUGUCCGGCUUCUAUAAGAAGCCAAAGGGAAUAAAAAAGCCAUACAAUCCUAUUCUGGGAGAGACGUUUCGCUGCUGUUGGUUUCACCCUCAGACGAACAGCCACACAUUUUACAUAGCAGAACAGGUCUCCCAUCAUCCACCAGUGUCAGCUUUUCAUGUCAGCAAUAGGAAGGAUGGAUUCUGCAUUACUGGCAGCAUUCUGGCUAGGUCCAAGUUUUAUGGUAACUCACUUUCUGCAUUGUUGGAUGGGAAAGCAAAGCUUAUGUUUUUAAACAGGGGGGAAGAUUAUAUAAUUACCAUGCCAUACGCCCACUGUAAAGGACUUCUGUACGGUACCAUGACAAUGGAGCUUGGAGGAAAAGUUACCAUCGACUGUGAGAAAACUAACCACAGGGCAGAACUGGAAUUUAAGCUAAAGCCCUUCUUCGGUGGCAGCGCAAGCAUUAAUCAAAUCUCUGGGAAGAUUAAAUCAGGAGAAGAAGUGUUAGCAAGUCUCGAUGGACACUGGGAUGGGGAAGUGCAUAUAAACGAGUUGAAAAAUGGGAACACGGAAAUGUUCUGGAACCCGACCGGUGAAGUACGAAGGCAGAGGCUGAAGCGCCAUAUUGUGCUGUUUGAGGAGCAGACGGACUUUGAGUCGGAGAGGCUUUGGCAGCACGUUACCAGUGCAAUAAACAAAGGUGAUCAACACAAGGCGACACAGGAGAAAUUUGUGCUGGAAGAGGAGCAGAGGAAGGCCGCCCGGGAGCGGAGAGAGAACGGCACGGAAUGGAAACCGCUGCUCUUCCGGCAUGAUGCCACGACUAACGAAUGGCACUACAAAUACGAGGAUUUAAGACCUUGGGAUCCUUUGAACGACAUUGCCCAAUUUGAGAAGAAUGGGAUUCUUCAGACCAUGGAAAGACACUUAUCCACAAGGAUGUCAAACCACAAAACAACAUGCAUAAACAAUCAAAUCACCCGGCACAAGAGGUCUGCCAAAGACUGCAGGCGUCGCAAGACCAGUGAUCAGCCAUCCAACCACAGCCAGAAUACAGAAAGCAGCUGUUCAACUCCAGAGUCGGUGCAGGAGCUCUCAGAUGAUGAUGGGUUGGAAAGCCUGUGUGCUCAGUGUGGAAAGGAAAUGAAUCACCUGAAGGAGAUUCAUUCAGCAGUCUUAUCCCUACAGAGAGCCCAACAGGACAUACACAGAAACCUCAGUGCUCUGAACAAAAAGUCCUUCCACAGGAAGGUCUCUUCUGAAAGCUUCCUCCUGGACUCUCGCUGUUGGUUUCUCCUCUGCAUCUUUCUGUCGUGUCAACUAUUCAUUAAUUACGUCUUCAAAUAAAAUCACUACGUUUGGCAGCAAUAACGAUUACUGGCUGCAGGAGAGGGGCCACUCACGCAAGGAGCCCAGCGAGGCACCAAAGCACUUUAGCACCAACACGGCAGAGGUGGAAGAAAGUUGAAAAACAAGGUUAAAAAGGGACCUAGGAACCUGCAAAACUUUGUUCCUGCAGAUUAUGUCAUUUUUGCCUUUUACAUGUACAUCUUCAAGGACCUCUUAACCUGUAUGGGCCUUAAUGCUGAAGCCAAAUGUAGCUUUAAGUGUGCAAUUUGUUUUCUAUGUCUUGUCAUUUUUCUGAUGCAAUUAAUAAUUACCCAGCAGUAUUAGUACCCCUGAAAUGGUAAACACUCCAGCGUUUUGGAAAGGUCACGCUGGCCUGGUUCAUAGCUCUAAGAGCAAGGGAGCACAGUUGGGGAGCUGCAAAGAACUGAAGUCCACGGUGCCUGUCCAGCUGCGUUUAAUUACGGGAGGGAGCACACUUGGUCCAAAAAGUCCACCCCCGGGAUGUUAAUUCAUGAUCUGUUUUGUCAGCACACACAGAAUGGGACCUCAGGAUGUGUUAUAUUUUCCAUUCCACAGGAACUGUAAAUAUGCACAAUUUCCUAGAGCCAUUCCUUUUUAGGAAAUGGGAAGUAUUCAGUGAAAGCUCCUCGUCUGUUUAUGGAGCUGACUGGUGUCCUGGACGGGCCCAUCGAGUGUAACGUCAGACACACCUGUUCGUAAAACCUGGUCACUUAUUAUUAUUGUUAUUAUUUGCUAUAUGGCUGUUUUAUAAUAUCACACACUAGCGUUGUAGAGAGGAAUCCACUGCCCCAGGAUAGGCGAGAAGUACGGGAGCAAUAUAGGUGUACGUGUGUUCGGUUGUAGGCACAUUUUAUUGUCAAAGGUCAGGAAAGAGGAAGGGUUUUGCCACUGCAUUGUUCAACUCUGUUAAUAGUCUUCCUAUUUUACACCAUUUUUUAAAGAUUUGCAAUAUUUUCUGUAGACUGCGGACAGUACUAAGCCUUUCUUUUCUGGCCUGAAGUAGUUCCAAGUGGUAAGUACUGCUAUAUAUACAGCCUUAAAAUACUUAGUGGUGGUGCCAGUCUGGGCUAUCUCUCAAUGUAAAUGUUUCCAAAUUUUUAAGUACAUUCCUCGACAUAUUCCCCAGUUAGGGGAAACCUGUUUGUGCUUGAUAUGUUGAAAUAAAACUACACACAA